AUGUCUUCACAUCACGGCCCCGGCGGCGGCCACCCGCCCCAGCAGCCGCCCAAUCCGUUCAACGGCCCCGCCUACAACGACGACAAUGGUUCCGAGGCCAGCUACUUCCCCAACGAGAGGCGCGACACGUUUGCGUCCGAGGGCAGCGUGGCCGAGCUUAUCCCCGGCCAGAGCUACGACGGCGACUCGUACGAGGGCGGCUCUUACGCCUACAGCGGCGAGCAGGGCGGCCAGCGCGCCUAUGGCCACGGGCCCGCCAGCGGCUUUGGCCAGAGCUCGUACGCCGCCUCGGGCAUCUCGAGCCCGUACCCGGACAUGCCCGCGGGCGGGUAUCGUCAGAGGGAGCCGUACCCGGCUUGGACCGCCGAGCACAACAUCCCGCUUUCCAAGGAGGAGAUCGAGGACGUCUUUAUCGACCUCGCCAACAAGUUCGGCUUCCAGCGCGACAGCAUGCGCAACAUGUACGACCACCUGAUGAUCAUGCUCGACUCGCGCGCGAGCCGGAUGAGCCCGCAGCAGGCGCUCGUCACGCUCCACGCCGACUACAUCGGCGGCGAGCACGCAAACUACCGCAAGUGGUACUUUGCCGCCCAGCUCGACCUCGACGACGCCAUCGGCAAGUCGCAGAACCCGGGCCUUGCGCGCGCCGCCAGCAUUGCCAACCGCGGCGCCAAGACGGCCCGCGGGCCCGCGGCCAAGCUGCAGAACGCCAGCGCCAAGUCGCUCGAGAGCGCCUCGUCGCGGUGGCGCGACGCCAUGAACCGGAUGAGCGACUACGACCGCCUCCGCCAGAUCGCCCUCUACCUGCUCUGCUGGGGCGAGGGCGGCCAGGUCCGGUUCGUGCCCGAGUGCCUCUGCUUCAUCUUCAAGUGCGCCGACGACUAUUACCGCUCGCCCGAGUGUCAGAACCGGAUGGAGCCGGUGCCCGAAGGCCUCUACCUGCGCGCCGUCGUCAAGCCCCUCUACCGCUUCCUGCGCGACCAAGUGUUUGAGGUGGUCGACGGCAAGUUUGUCAAGAAGGAGCGCGACCACGACAAGAUCAUCGGCUACGACGACGUCAACCAGCUCUUCUGGUACCCGGAGGGCAUCGGCCGCAUCAUCCUCAACGACAAGACGCGCCUGGUCGACGUCCCGCCGAGCCAGCGCUUCAUGAAGUUUGACAAGAUCGACUGGCCGCGCGUCUUUUUCAAGACGUACAAGGAGAAGCGCUCCUUCUUCCACCUGCUCGUCAACUUCAACCGCAUCUGGAUCCUGCACAUUUCCGUCUUCUUCUACUACACGGCCUACAACGCGCCCAAGGUCUACACGUCGCUCAACCCGACGCCCGCCCAGGCCUUCUCGGCCGCGGCCCUCGGCGGCGCCGUGUCGACCCUGAUCAUGAUCGCGGCCACCAUGGCCGAGUUUUCCUACAUUCCCACCACUUGGAACAACACGAGCCACCUGAUGCGCCGCAUGAUCUUCCUCCUGGUCUGCCUCGCCGUCACCGUCGCGCCCGCCGUCUACAUCCACGGCUUCAACAACUCCGGCACCAUCCCCAACAUCAUCGCCUACGUCCACAUCGCCGUCAGCGGCUGCAUCACCGCCCUGUUCUCCAUCGUGCCCUCUGGCCGCAUGUUUGGCGACCGCGUGGCGGGCAAGGCGCGCAAGUACCUGGCCAACCAGACGUUUACGGCCAGCUACGCGCCGCUCGACAAGAAGCACCGCGCCGUCAGCAUGCUGCUGUGGGCGCUCGUGUUUGGCUGCAAGCUCACCGAGAGCUACUUCUUCCUCACCCUCUCGUUCCGUGACCCGCUGGCCGUCAUGGUCACCAUGAAGGUGCAGGGCUGCAGCGACAAGUACUUUGGCACCGCGCUCUGCUCCAACCAGCCCGCGUUUGCGCUCACCAUCAUGGUCAUCAUGGACCUCUCGCUCUUCUUCCUCGACACCUUCCUGUGGUACGUCAUCUGGAACACCGUCUUUAGCAUUGGCUGGUCGUUUUCGAUGGGCCUGUCGAUCUGGACGCCCUGGACCGACAUCUUCCAGCGCCUGCCGAAGCGCAUCUACGCCAAGCUGCUCGCCACCGCCGACAUGGAGAUCAAGUACAAGCCCAAGGUGCUCGUGUCGCAGGUGUGGAACGCCAUCAUCAUCUCGAUGUACCGCGAGCACCUGCUCUCGAUCGACCACGUCCAGAAGCUCCUCUACCACCAGGUGCCCGCCGGCGAGAAUGGCAAGCGCACCCUCCGCGCCCCCACCUUUUUCAUCAGCCAGUCGGACAAGGGCAUCAAGCCCGAGUUCUUCCCCAAGGGGUCCGAGGCCGAGCGCCGCAUCAGCUUCUUUGCCCAGUCGCUCACCACGGCCGUCCCCGAGCCGCUGCCGAUCGACGCCAUGCCGACGUUCACCGUGCUGGUGCCGCACUACAGCGAAAAGAUCCUCCUCUCGCUGCGCGAGAUCAUCCGCGAGGAGGACCAGAACACGCGCGUCACGCUGCUCGAGUACCUCAAGCAGCUGCACCCCGUCGAGUGGGACAACUUCGUCAAGGACACCAAGAUCCUCGCCGAGGAGAGCCAGGGCUUUGGCGGCAGCUCGCCGUUCGGCGGCGACAGCGACGAAAAGUCGGGCACCAAGGGCUCCGCCAAGACCGACGACCUGCCCUUCUACUGCAUCGGUUUCAAGUCUGCGGCGCCCGAGUACACGCUGCGCACGCGCAUCUGGUCGUCGCUGCGCGCCCAGACCCUCUACCGCACCGUGUCUGGCUUCAUGAACUACAGCAAGGCGAUCAAGCUCCUCUACCGAGUCGAGAACCCCGAGGUGGUGCAGCUGUUUGGCGGCAACACCGAGAAGCUGGAGCGCGAGCUGGAGCGCAUGUCGCGCCGCAAGUUCAAGUUUGUCAUCUCGAUGCAGCGCUACUCCAAGUUCAACAAGGAGGAGCACGAGAACGCCGAGUUCCUGCUGCGCGCCUACCCGGACCUCCAGAUCGCCUACCUCGACGAGGAGGCGCCGCGCAAGGAGGGCGGCGAGUCGCGCUGGUUCUCGGCCCUCGUCGACGGACACUCGGAGCUGCUUCCCAACGGCAAGCGCAGGCCAAAGUUCCGCGUCGAGCUGCCCGGCAACCCGAUCCUCGGCGAUGGCAAGUCCGACAACCAGAACCACGCCAUCAUCUUCCACCGCGGCGAGUACGUGCAGCUCAUCGACGCCAACCAGGACAACUACCUCGAGGAGUGCCUCAAGAUCCGCAGCGUGCUCGGCGAAUUCGAGGCCUUCAACAUCCCCAACCAGAACCCCUACGGCAGCGGCCACCAGGAGUUUGCCAAGGCGCCCGUGGCCAUCCUCGGCUCUCGCGAGUACAUCUUCUCGGAGAACAUUGGCAUCCUCGGCGACGUUGCCGCCGGCAAGGAGCAGACGUUCGGCACCAUGGCCGGCCGUGGCCUGGCGCAGAUCGGCGGCAAGUUCCACUACGGCCACCCCGACUUCCUCAGCGCCAUCUUUAUGACGACGCGCGGCGGCGUCUCCAAGGCGCAGAAGGGCCUCCACCUCAACGAGGACAUCUACGCCGGCAUGACGGCCUUUGGACGUGGCGGACGGAUCAAGCAUUGCGAGUACUACCAGUGCGGCAAGGGCCGUGACCUCGGCUUUGGCACCAUCCUCAACUUCACCACCAAGCUGGGCAACGGAAUGGGCGAGCAGAUGCUGUCGCGCGAGUACUACUACCUCGGCACGCAGCUGCCCGUCGACCGCUUCCUCACCUUCUACUACGGCCACCCCGGCUUCCACAUCAACAACAUCCUCGUCAUCCUCUCGGUCCAGCUCUUCAUGUUCACGCUCGUCUUCAUCGGCACGCUCAACUCGCAGCUGCGCGUGUGCGCCUCGACCAACAGCGAGUACAUUGUCGGCACCGGCGGCUGCUACUACCUCAACCCCGUGUUCCUGUGGAUCAAGCGCACCGUCAUCUCGAUCUUCCUCGUCUUCAUGAUCGCCUUCCUGCCCCUCUUUCUCCAGGAGCUCUCGGAGCGCGGCGCCGUGUCGGCCUUUGUCCGCCUCGCCAAGCACUUCAUGAGCCUGAGCCCCAUGUUCGAGGUCUUCUCGACGAUGAUUUACUCGCACUCGAUCAUCAGCAACCUCACCUUUGGCGGCGCCCGCUACAUCGCCACGGGACGAGGCUUCGCCACCACCCGCCAGAGCUUUGCGCUGCUCUACAGCCGCUUCGCCGGCCCCUCGAUCUACUCGGGCAUGCGCCUGCUGCUGCUGCUCCUCUACAUCACCCUCACCCUGUGGAUCCCGCACCUGAUCUACUUCUGGAUCAGCAUCGUCUCGCUGUGCAUCGCGCCGUUCCUCUUCAACCCGCACCAGUUCUCGAUCUCGGACUUUAUCAUCGACUACCGCGAGUUCCUCCGCUGGAUGUCGCGCGGCAACAGCCGCAGCCACGCCAACUCGUGGAUCGGCUACUGCCGCCUCAGCCGCACCAAGGUGACGGGCUACAAGAAGAAGCGCCUCGGCCACCCCUCGGAGAAGCUGGCCGGCGACGUGCCCCGCGCCGGCUGGAGGACGAUCCUGUGGGCCGAGGUCGUCUUCCCCAUCUGCCUCGCCAUCAUCUUCGUCGUCGCCUACUCGUUCGUCAAGAGCUUCCACACCCGCGGCGACCCUGCCCAGGGCGCCAUUGUGCGCAUCGCCAUCAUCGCCCUCGGCCCCAUCGUGUGGAACGCCGCCGUGCUGCUGGUCCUCUUCCUCAUCAGCAUGUUCCUCGGCCCGGCGCUCAACAACUGCUGCGCCAAGUUUGGAUCGGUCAUGGCCUCGAUCGCCCACCUGCUCUCGGUCGUCGGCCUGAUUGUGGCCUUCGAGUUCCUCUGGUUCCUCGAGCUGUGGAACACGUCGCACGCCGUCCUCGGCGUCAUUGCCGUCAUCGCCAUCCAGCGCGCCAUCUUCAAGAUCCUCAUCGCGCUGGUGCUGUCGCGCGAGCUCAAGCACGACGAGACCAACCGGGCCUGGUGGACCGGACGCUGGUACGGCCGCGGCCUCGGCGGCCACGCCUUCAGCCAGCCGGCGCGCGAGUUUGUCGUCAAGAUCAUCGAGAUGAGCCUCUUCUCGGCCGACUUCCUCACGGCGCACAUUCUCCUGUUUGCGCUGUCGCUGCCGACCUUGAUCCCCUUCUUCGACAAGGCGCACUCGACGGCGCUCUUCUGGCUGCGCCCGUCGAAGCAGAUCCACGCGCCCAUCUUUUCGCUCCGGCAGAGGAAGCAGCGCAGGUCGAUCGUGUGGCGCUACUCGCUCCUCUUCAUCCUCGCCUACGCCGUCUUCCUCGCGCUCAUCGUGCUGCCCGCCAUCUUCUCGUCGACGAUAGACCUCAACUGCAGCUUCUGCAAGUCGAUCUGA